ACUUUUUGUUUUUUCCCGAAAAAAUAAAAAAAAUCUGAAUAUUUUGUUGAAGCUGAAUAACAGAGAAAAAAAAAAGAAUAAAAGAGAAAAAAUAAAGACAGAGUGGCCGUUCAAACGGCCACCCCACACUCUUCUUCUUCUCGUUGGCCGGCCUACGUGCUCCGAUCACUCUUCCUUCCUUCCUGCCCCAUUCCAUCAAUUUUUAAAAAAUAAACUUAAAUUCCUUUAUUACAUAUUUUAAUUAAAUAAAUUAUUUAUUCUUCCUCGAAAUUUCCUUCCUGAAUCAGUCAAUCAUGAACAAAACUUCUCAAUCCCAUCAUGAUUCCAAUUUUCUUGCUAAUGUUUAUCUGAUUGAUUGAUUCCUUAAUUUACCCAUAUACCCAUUUCCAUAUCUUCCUCCCUUGAAAAACUUUCCUUGUUUGAUUUGAUUUUGAUUUUGAUUUAAUUUUCUGGGGUUCCCAUAAAAUGCAAAACAACAUAUUGUCAACGAUGCGUAGUUUGAAGCUUAUUGAGGGGUGUAAAAGUACCCAAGUUUACGCCAUUAAUCCAUCUUCAAACACCAACAACGCUGGUGGUUCUGGAGAUAAGCUUUUUCAACAGCUUCAAGACCAGUUCCGAGUCAACUCGGUCCGAUCUAAGACUCGUACAUCAUCAAAUUUGGAUUCUAAGAUCUUACAAGCAAAUCUUGUACAGGAAUCUCUUCUACCAUUUGGGCUUCCUUCCACAGAUCUAGUAGAACCCCAGGUAGAACCUUACCUUAAAUUUGUUGAUUUUGUUGAAACCCUAGCUGAUGUUUAUAGAAGAAUUGAAGGUUCCCCACAAUUUGAAAAAUCUCUAUUUUAUCUUGAACAAUGUGCUAUUUUCAGGGGUCUUUCUGACCCCAAAUUGUUUCGUCGUAGUCUUCGAUCAGCUAGGCAACAUGCUGUUGAUGUGCAUACUAAGAUUGUUUUGGCUGCUUGGUUGAGGUUUGAGAGGAGAGAGGAUGAGUUAAAUGGGUCUUCUCCUUUGGAUUGUUGUGGUAGGAAUAUUGAAUGUCCUAGAGCUAGUUUGGUUCCUGGGUAUGAUCUUGAAUCGGCUUUCGAUGACUGUGUUUGUCGUAGGCGAGAUAGUGUUGAGGUUUCUAAGGCUAAUGAAUGUGAUUUGGAAGAUUUUACUAGGAUUGAGGAUGGGGAGUGUUCGACUUCUGAGGAUGAUUUCGAUAUGUCUUUCGUUGUUGGAGAAGAUGAGGUUAGGUGCAUUCGUGACCAUAUGGCUUCGCUUUCUAGGCCAUUUAAAACAUUGUUGUAUGGAAGCUUUGUAGAAUCAAAGAGGGAGAAGAUAAACUUUACACAGAAUGGGAUAUCUAUUCAGGUUAUAAGAGCCCUUGAGUUUUAUAGUAGGAGGAAGAAAGUGAAUUCCUUGGAUCCCCAACUUGUAUUAGAGUUACUUUCUUUGGCAAACAAGUUUUGUUGUGAUGAACUAAAAUCUGAUUGUGAUGCUUAUUUAUCAUCUUUGGUUACUGAUAAAGAGAGAGCUUUGAUGUUGAUGGAAUAUGGUCUUGAGGAGACGGCAUCCCUUUUGGUUGCUGCUUGUCUUCAGGUGUUUUUGAGAGACCUUCCAGGUUCAUUGCACGACCAGAAGGUGAUGAAAUUCUUCUGCAGCUCGGAGGCUAGUAAAAGGCUAGCCUUGACGGGGCAUUCUACCUUCCAGUUGUACUAUUUUCUUAGCCAAACCGCCAUUGAAGAGGACAUGAAGUCUAAUACAACAGUAAUGCUAUUAGAGCGUCUGGUGGACUCUGCAGCCGAAAGGUGGCAGAAACAACUGGCAUUUCAUCAACUCGGUUGUGUAAUGUAUGAGAGGAAAGAAUAUAAAGAUGCCCAAUAUUGGUUUGAGGCAUCUGUUGAGGCUGGUCAUGUUUAUUCAGUAGUAGGUGUUGCGAGGACAAAGUAUAAGCGCGGACACAAGUAUACUGCAUACAAGUUGAUGAACUCAUUAAUUUCUGAUUGUAAUCCCACUGGGUGGAUGUAUCAGGAACGGUCCCUAUAUUGUAUUGGUAAGGAGAGACUGGCUGAUCUUGAGAAGGCGACUGAAUUGGAUCCAACUUUAUCUUUUCCUUACAAGUAUAGAGCGAUUGCGUUGUUGGAAGAAAGUAAAUUAGGAGCAGCCAUCUCUGAGAUAAACAAAGUCAUCGGAUUCAAGGUGUCUCCUGACUGCCUUGAGUUGCGGGCUUGGUUUUCCAUUGCUUUUGAAGAUUAUGAAGGGGCUCUUAAAGAUAUUCGUGCGCUUUUGACACUGGACCCGGAUUACAUGAUGUUCCAUGGAAAAAUGCCGGGAGAGCAGCUGGUGGAGCUUCUUCGCCCUCAUGUCCAGCAAUGGAGUCAGGCUGAUUGCUGGAUGCAAUUGUAUGAUCGAUGGUCGUCGGUUGACGAUAUUGGAUCUUUAGCUGUUGUGCAUCAUAUGCUGGCCAAUGACCCUGGGAAGAGUCUCCUCAGAUUUCGCCAAUCUCUCCUCCUCUUGCGGUUGAAUUGCCAGAAGGCUGCUAUGCGGAGUCUACGGUUGGCUCGAAACUGUUCCAAUUCUGACCAUGAAAAGCUUGUUUACGAAGGUUGGAUCUUAUACGAUACAGGCCAUCGUGAGGAAGCAUUAGCAAAGGCCGAAGAAUCCAUUACCAUCCAGAGAUCAUUUGAAGCAUUUUUCCUGAAAGCAUAUGCUUUAGCAGAUUCAAAUCUUGACGAGGAGUCUUCAUCUUAUGUUAUUCAUCUUCUGGAGGAAGCUCUUAGAUGCCCUUCAGAUGGUUUACGUAAAGGACAAGCAUUAAAUAAUUUAGGUAGUGUCUAUGUUGAUUGUGAAAAGCUGGAUCUAGCUGCUGACUGCUACAUGAAUGCUCUUAACAUUAAACACACCAGAGCUCAUCAAGGUCUAGCACGGGUGUAUCAUCUCAAAAAUCAGCGAAAAGCUGCAUUUGAUGAGAUGACAAAGUUGAUAGAAAAAGCCAGGAACAACGCAUCAGCUUAUGAAAAACGUUCAGAGUAUUGUGACCGUGAAACGGCAAAGAGAGAUCUUACGAUGGCAACACAACUUGAUCCCCUGAGGACAUACCCAUAUAGAUACAGGGCAGCUGUGCUAAUGGACGACCACAAAGAGGAGGAGGCAAUAUCAGAACUAUCAAAAGCCAUUUUCUUCAAACCGGAUUUGCAGCUUCUCCAUCUUCGAGCCGCAUUUCACGACUCCAUGGGCAACAAUGCUGCCACACUUCGAGAUUGUGAAGCAGCUCUUUGUCUCGAUCCUACCCACGUGGAUACACUCAAGCUUUAUGAAGAGGCUCGAGAACGAGUUAAUGAUCCACAACUGGGAAGAUACGAAUCUGCGAGUCAAACCGACUCGGUGGACUUGGAUGACAAUCUCAACAGUGCUGCACAAGGUUUUCAGUAAAAACCGAGCAUUUCCCGUCGGCAUUUGAAGAUAACGUUUGCAGAUUGGUUGUUGUUGUAUUUGUUUACGGAUGUUCAUGAGAUCGAACAUCAAACUCAGGGAAACGAGAUGAAAGAGAAGAGGCAAGUCAACUUGUAAAUACGAUAUCGACUUGGUUGCAGUGAGAAAGGAUUGCUGUGACAUUACCUGCUCGUGCAGCCGUGUUUUAUGCUGCAGCUGAAGAGCUUGGUUUUGUGUAGAUGAUCAGCUGUACACAGGGUUUCUGUCUUCUUGUUGUAACAUUAUGUUAUGUAUUUGUUUUGCAUCGGUGGAUUGGCGAUUUCCGCCCCCCCAAAAACUACCCAAACAGGCCUUCCCUUAUAUCAGUGUUGCUUACACGCACAUCCUCGAAAUCAAAGCAAGCUCUGUUCAACCCCAAUCGUUCUAUAUUUGAACUCGGUUUUAUUUGUUAAACAACUUCGCCUUAAUUGUUAUUUAAACAAUUAAAAGUUAUGUCUUGGUUCAUAUGGAAAUAGCAGUUCUCUUCUGCCUGUC